CGAAACAUCCCAAUACGAUGACAAAACCGAAACAAACAAAACUCCUAGGAACCCAAAACCAAAUUCGCAUGUAUCACAAAAAUCCUAGGAACUACCAAACUAGCAACUUCUUGUGUUUCAAAUCACCCUUCUCAUUCUCUCUUCUCAAUCGCACCCUCCCACCAUGUCCUGGCUAAGAACAAUCCUCCGAGCAACCACCCUCCCUCAACAAUCUUCUCUUCUAACCCACCUCCGUUUCAUGAGCAAUCUCCCAGAAAACACCGUCUAUUCAGGACCAACGCCUCAAAACCAAAGGGUAACACUUUCACAACUGCGACAAAAACAUCGAAACUCACAACCCAUUACAAUGGUCACUGCUUACGAUUACCCUUCUGCUGUUCACCUCGAUAUGGCCGCCAUUGAUAUCUGUCUUGUGGGUGACUCUGCUUCCAUGGUUGUUCAUGGUCAUGAUACUACUUUGCCUAUUACGUUGGAUGAAAUGCUUGUUCAUUGUCGGGCUGUUGCUCGUGGUGCGAAGACUCCUCUUCUUGUUGGUGAUUUGCCUUUUGGAACGUAUGAGUGUAGUUCUAAACAGGCGGUUGAUACGGCAGUUCGGAUUUUGAAAGAAGGAGGAAUGGAUGCCAUAAAAUUGGAAGGAGGUUCACCUUCAAGAAUUGUCGCAGCAAAAGCUAUUGUUGAAGCUGGAAUAGCCGUGAUCGGCCAUGUUGGUCUUACGCCACAGGCCAUCAGUGUUUUAGGUGGAUUUAGGCCUCAGGGAAGAAAUGUUGCUAGUGCCGUCAAGGUUGUCGAGACAGCAUUGGCUUUGCAAGAAGCAGGGUGUUUUGCUGUUGUUCUAGAAUGUGUUCCUGCACCGGUGGCUGCCGCAACAACAGCAGCGCUUCAAAUUCCGACAAUUGGAAUCGGGGCUGGACCCUAUUGCAGCGGACAGGUGCUUGUUUACCAUGAUCUUCUUGGUAUGUUACAACACCCCCACCAUGCAAAGGUUACUCCGAAGUUUUCUAAACAGUACGCUCGUGUCGGAGAUGUCAUCAAUAAAGCGUUACUCGAGUAUAAGGAAGAUGUGACGAAUGGUUCAUUUCCUGACGCUAAACAUAGUCCUUACAAAAUCAGUGAAACUGAUGCUAAUGGUUUCUUAAGUGAGCUGCAAAAGUUAGGUUUCGAUAAAGCAGUAUCCGCAGCAUCUGAAGCAGUUCAGAAGAUGGUUACAAAAUCAACAAAGUGACAAUUUAGUAAAGCUACAGAAUCCUCCUCCAUUUUUCAUUUGAUGUUCUUCGUCGUCUUCAAUAACAGAAUAAAUCGAAGAACAUCAAAAUGUUGAAAACCGAUUUUGAUUUAAAUUUAGGCGCUUGAUGAAUGAUCUAAGCUGUCCUGUGAGUUUGUUAAAAAUAAACACUGUAGAGUUAGUGUUUUGAUUUCUUUGCAAUGCAUAAUGAUCUAAUUGUUUUUUGUAAGGAAUAUUGAGCAAGAAUGAGCACUUGCUGAGUGCUCUUGUUUU